AUGGAUGGUAACGCGGGAAUUGGCCAAACCUCCUCGGAACUCGUUUCUGACACCUCAUCCCGAGACUUCAUGCAAAUGCCUAACCCCGAUACAGAGGGCAACUCCCCUGGGUAUGUAGAUACAGAGGACUUGGAUGAGCCCAUUGGAGAAAGUGACAGGGAUAAUGACGAAGUUAGUGAUGCACAGGUGGAGAGCGGUGGAGUUGCGACACUUUCAGAACCUGCCGAAGUUCCUUCGAAGUUGCUCCAUCUCCCCACCUCACGAAUCAAAUCGAUCAUCAAAACUGUCCCAGCCGUCCAUCUAGUUAACUCCGAAGCCGUCGCGCUAAUCGGAAAGUCAACUGAAUUCUUCCUUAACGAAUUGGCAAGGGAGGCUCAUCAGAUGAUCGUGGAAUCUGGGAAGAAAACCCUUUCAAUGGUCCACAUCGAGGGCGUUAUCCAAACCCUUCCCCAGUUCGAAUUCCUUGAUGGGAUGCUGGUGUGA